AUGAAACAGGUGGCACUUAUUUCAUGUUUCCUUCUUCUUACGAUCUCAUCAGCUUGCAAAAUACAAGUAAAAUUUCGAUCAAAAACACCUCAUCCUUUCCAGUUGCAAUUAUUUGUACCAGCAAUAAAAAUGAAAACUGAACGGAUCACAUUCGCUAGUGAAGGCCAACUUCGAACUGUCACGGUGCAAGGCAAGGAAUGUAAUCAAAAACAUUGGGUUUUUAAAACUUGGAAAGAAAUGAACAACGAAUGGAUUCCAGCCAAAGAGAUAAAAGCUAAAGUAGAAGGCAACGGUUGGCUUGAUGUAGAAAUUGCUUCUGAUUACCUUCCAAGAAUGCAUGAUCGUUUUGGAAUUUUAUGCUCAGAAGGGUCCUGUUAA